GUAACCCUUGGUAUAUUUUUCUAAGCAGAGGUUUGCUGCAGUGGCUGGAAGGCCAAUCCAAGCCUGGAAGCCAGAGAACUACACCAGGAAUUUUAUCUUUGCAGACUCCAGAAAAUCCUCCUCCAGAAACUCAAAACCAGUAGCAGAAGCUGCUGAAGUAUUUUUGGUAGCCAUGACACAAGGAAACAGCACUGAAGUGACUGAAUUUUUUCUGCUCGGAUUUGGUGCCCAGCACAGAUUUCGGUAUUCCCUCUUCAUUGUAUUUCUGGUCAUCUAUGUUACCUCCAUGGUGGGCAAUAUCGGAAUGAUUCUGCUCAUCAAGACAGAUUCCAGACUUCGAACACCUAUGUACUUCUUCCUACAACAUUUAGCUUUUGUUGAUAUCUGCUAUACCUCUGCUAUUACUCCCAAGAUGCUACAAAACUUUAUAGUAGAAAAUAUAUCAAUAUCAUUCAGAGGCUGUGUUACACAAUUACUGGUUUAUGCAACAUUUGCAACCAGUGAUUGUUACCUUCUGGCAGCUAUGGCUGUGGACCGUUAUGUAGCCAUCUGUAACCCACUUCAUUAUCCCACUGUCAUGUCCCAAAGAGCCUGCAUCCACCUGGUAGCUGGUUCAUACAUCAUUGGCUCCAUAAAUGCUUCUGUGCACACAGGCUUUACAUUUUCACUGUCCUUCUGCAGUUCCAACACCAUCAAUCAUUUCUUUUGUGAUGUUCCACCAAUUCUCGCUCUUUCAUGCUCCAAUACUGACACCAACAUUAUGCUGCUUGCUGUCUUUGUGGGAUUUAACUUGAUGUUCACUGUGCUGGUUGUCAUCUUUUCCUACACUUAUAUCAUAGCCACCAUCCUAAAGAUGUCUUCUACCACGGGGAGGAAAAAAGCCUUCUCUACAUGUGCCUCCCACCUCACAGCAGUCACCAUCUUCUAUGGAACCCUGUCAUAUAUGUACCUACAACCUCAUCCUGACAAUUUCCAGGAGAAUAUGAAAGUAGCUUCUGUCUGUUAUGGUGUUGUGAUUCCCAUGUUGAACCCCCUGAUCUACAGUUUGAGGAAUAAGGAAGUAAAGGAAGCUCUAAAAGUUAUGGGGAAAAGGUUCUAG